UAGCUGGGCUGAUUUCGCCCAGUCGUUGGUAGAAUCGACUCGAAGGGGAAGUCCACCGCCUUUUCUAAAUUCUCCAAUGAGAUAUUAAAACUAGUUCAGUGGUUGGGUGUGAAAUACUCCUCCCUAGAGAAACCUACGGAUUCAUAAAUGUUCACAAUGGUGAUGGUAACCAGGCGUCUGAUGAGUGUAGUGGCUCUAAAUGCUCCCUCCCAGGUAGUUGGCAGUUACAUGGCUAUAUUUAUGCUGCUUAAUGUCUGAAACUUAAUUUUAUGAUGGCUUUAGUGAGGGUGAUGGCUUUGGGUUGUGAACCUGUGAUGUUCUAAGGGAUACUUGCAGGGCGUUUAAGGCAAAAUAGCCCACAAAAUAAGAAAAAUGUCUCUCUUCAGAUUUACCUCAGUUUUAACAACAUCACACACUACAGGCUCAGACACCUGCAGUCUCACUGCUGGUUUGGGGUGGUAAAUUAAAUGUUUAUAUUUGUGUUGUAGGCACGAUGACCCCUGGUUUCCAUCACCUUCACUGUGAAGACAUUUGUGUCUAAGGCCUGAAAUCUACUUCACGCAAGGUUGUGAACGUGGAUGCCUCAAGCCCAAGAAACAGACGGGGUUUCACGCAUAGUUGCGUUCAAAAAUGUGUCACUACGCGUUUUGUAAUGCGACGCAAACGCAAGCCGCAUUCAGAGCAUUACAGUAAGGCGCGCUGACACAGCCAAGCCUGACCAAGUGGUCUUGUGCUGCCAGCAUGUUUUCUCAACUGCCACAGCAGAUGAGCAGUUGAGUCUCACGCAAAGAUGGCUUAACAUCUGACUAAUUAUCGUAUUUCCAAUCCAAGAGUUGAGGAGAAGCAGCUCACUCUCCUCUACUGCCCACGUUUAGCUGUUGAGGCUGUUGGAAUAACGUUAGAUCCCUCUCCGGUUUGUACUCCAUCACCCCUUCAGUACCGAGUGUUCUAACCACCACAGCCAUGUAAGAUCGUGCGGUGAGUUUGUACGGAAGGGCCAGGCGUUUGCUCUGCGUUGCCCGAGCGGGGUUAUUUGUGUUCAUGUUCUCGUUCCAGACCUUAGUUUUUCUGAAAGGAACCUCUUCGCAUCAGACCACUCAGAAUGACUGACUACAUCUCAAGGACUGAAUUAUUUGGGAAUUUUUGAAGAGGUGGUGGAGCCCCUCUUUAAGUUGUUAAGAUGUAAACACAACCAUUCAGAGUGGUUUGAGGUGAAAUCCUCCGAAAAACAUUUAGGCUGAUGUUUCUGUACUAAAAAGAAAAGACUUUCGCAGUCGCUCCGUGUUCGGAGAUUUCGAAAGAAGUGGCCGAACGCAGCCAAAGGAGGCCGGGGUAGCGGCGUCAAAGAAGGUUUAAAGAAUCCGAGGACUUGAACCAAAGAAGUGACCCUAGCCAAAUAACGUGCCUCUCUUAUGACAAAUCGAGCACAUUCUGGGCGAUGAGCCGAGCUGUCAGCACUUCAUCAGAACUUCAGAACAUCAGAUGAAACUGAAAGCUCCGGGAGCAACUGGUGUUGGCAGUUAUGAUUGUUUACCUCUGGAUGAGCCAUGAGAAGCGUCGUUCUUUUGCGCAUUUGGGUUUCAGAUUAGGGAUGUCUUACUCGUCACGGAGUACGGUCGACUGCAAGGUCUACGUGGGGGACCUGGGAAAUGGCGCAGCAAAGGGUGAGUUGGAGAGGGCGUUCAGCUACUACGGGCCGCUGCGAAGUGUUUGGGUGGCGCGCAACCCGCCAGGUUUCGCCUUUGUGGAGUUCGAGGAUUCCAGAGACGCCGAGGACGCCGUGAAGGGGAUGGAUGGAAAGGUGCUCUGCGGGACCCGCAUCCGCGUUGAAAUGUCGAACGGAAUGUCCCGGAAGUCUCGCUUUGGUCGGCCGAGCCGCAGACAGUUCGAUCCAAAUGACCGUUGCUACCAGUGUGGAGAAUGUGGCCACUACGCCUACGACUGCUACCGCUACAACAAGAGAGGCAGCCGGCGCAGCAGGUCUCGGUCCAGGUCCCGUGGUCGCCGCUACUCUCGCAGCCGUAGCAAUGAGCGGAGAUACCGUUCCCCAUCCUACUCCAGGCGAAGGAGCAGGUCACCAUCCGCGGGCCGGUCCAGAUCCAGGUCGCCAGUCCGGCGGGAUCGUUCCCCCGCGCGCAGGUCCAGAAGCCCUGCUAGGAGGUCCAGAACGCCCGUCCGCAGGAGCAGUCGUUCCCGCUCUCGUUCCCGCUCCGGCUCCAGACAGAGUGCGCGCAGCGCGUCCAGGUCCCGCUCCCGUUCCCGCUCCCCCAGCAGCAAAAGAGACAGCCGUUCUAGGUCUGCCAGCCCGAGAGCCAGCCCCACACCAGACGCUGACUGACGAGGGGUGGACGUUUCACAUCUCCGCUUCGUCCUCUGUUUCUCUCCUCCUGACCUCUGAGGCCGUUUUACAGCUUGUUUUCUCUCUCAGCUCUGGAACGGUAAAGUCCCGUCUGCUGGCCUCGUGUUCAUCUCCAGUGCUGGUUU